AUGAACGCCACCGAAGAGACAAUGCCUGUUCCAGUCCUGUCUAUUGAAACCUAUUAUCGCUUAGUGGUUGGGUUCGUCUUGGUCUGCCUACCCAUAGUCUCCGUGGUCAGCGUCUUAAACAAUGCCUUGAGUCAGCUGACCUUCAUCAGCCAAGGCUUGAAAGAGCACGUGACUUUUACCCUCUUCUGCUUGUCACUGGCUGAUUUCCUGGUGGCCUUGGCCUCUCUGGGCUUCGUGUUCUCCGCACCUCUUCUUCUGGUUCCUCUAGGCACUGGCAGCUUGAUGACCAAUUUAGCAUUCACUUGGAUGAGGGUGAUGUUUUCAGACAUCGUCGUUGGCAUUAUCGUCUUCAUUUCCGUGGAGAGGUCAUGUUGCGUGGCGUUUCCUUUCAGAUUUAAACUCAUGUUCAGCAUCAAAAAAUCCAUUAUCUUCCUAGCAGCCAUCGUGUUUUUUGUCAUCGGAAACUACAUUCCCGUCUACACAACGUUUUGCCUAGACACCGUAUUAGACAGCAGCACUAAUACCACCGUGUUUUACGGCUGUUCGCCACCUUACAGUGCUAUCAUCUUCAAACACAUUGGCAUUACAUUCGGGACCAUCCUAUCCCUAGCCUGCGAAGUCUCCACUUCUAUCUCUGCCGUUGUCAUGCACGUCUGCCUCAGAAGAUCCUCCCAACUGCGAUUUCUGAUGAAGACGGCGCAGGACAUCCAGGGGAGCUCAAACAAAUCAUCGACUACCUUGUCCAGAAAAGAAGAGCGAGCCGUUAAGAUGGUGCUCGUGGUAGCAACCGUCUAUCUGCUGACCAGUGUCCCUAAGGUGGUUUUUAACUUGUCACUUGCAGUGUCCGAAGAAAUGACCUAUGGAAAGUAUAGCCUUAUUGGCAAUAUUAUUGGCUUCACUUCCUAUAUCACUGGCACAAUCAACGGAACUUUUCAUCUGUUUGUCUUCUACAGAUAUAGUUCUUUAUUCAGGAAAACCUUUCGCAGAAAAUUCUUCCAUUUAUCAGAAUAG